ACAGCGUGAGUUGAGGGUUUACCCCGCUGUUAUGAAAAGCAGCCGCAAGCAGCUCCUCUGAAUGAAAAGCAUUCUUCAUUCCGUGCUGGUGACCAAUAACUUUUCUUCAUCCUGUGGUUCAUGUUUGACGCGUCAGCCAGGGGCGCGCCCACCGCACAUCUCCACUCCUCUGAACCAUUGCUCUGAACGCACAGUUAACGGAGACUCACGGAAAGACAACACAUGCCGAAAGCUGCAGAAAGAGUUGUUUUUUUUUCUUGCAGCCGAGUGGGAAGUCACGGAGCCAGGCCCAGCGAGGCGGAGGCUAGAAGGCUAAGUUAGCAGCCACUUUUCAUCCGGGAGCUGUCGGUGUUUGCAUCCAGGCACUUUUACACAAGGGAGGGCUGCACUUUUUGGGGGGUUAGUAAGGACACACCCAGUCCUAAAUUCGACACAAGAAUUGAAUGAUCGUAAGAGGCCAACUGGAUCCUUUUGGAGAACAGCCCAGCAUAAUCACAACGAGUGUGAGAUAACUUCACCGCAUCUUCGAAACACAAUGGGUGACUCCAGCGAGGAAUAUGGAAACUACACCUAUGAAUACUACCUGGAGUACGGCGACCUGGAAGAACUUAAAGUAGAACACAGGCAGAGAGAAACCAUGCACAUUAUCUCAGUCGUCAUCUACAUCAUUUCCUUUGUGCUUGGUCUGAUUGGAAAUGGAACUGUCAUUUGGGUGACAGCAUUUAAAAGCAAAAAGACUGUCAACAGUAUCUGGUUGCUCAAUCUAGCCAUGGCAGACUUUGUGUUUGUGCUUUAUCUACCCUUCUCCAUUGAUUACAUACUGCGGGACUUCCACUGGAACUUUGGUGUAGCUAUGUGUAAGCUUAACUCGUUUGUGUCUGUGAUGAACAUGUACGCCAGUGUGCUCUUUCUCACAGUGCUCAGCAUAGACAGAUAUGUUUCUCUGGUCCACCUAAACUGGUCUCAGAGGCAUCGCACUGUAGAUAGGGCCUGGGUCGUAUGUGGUUGCAUAUGGGUGAUAGCUGCCGCCCUGAGCUGCCCCGCACUUAUCUUUCGCGACACCAUGCGCCUACACGACAAGGUGGUGUGCUUCAACAACUUCCACACACAGGACAGAGACAUCGCGGCCAUGACACACAUUAUAAUAGUAGCCAUUCGCACCACUGUGGGAUUCCUUCUGCCUUUUACUGCGAUAUGUGUGACGGGCAUCCUUCUGACAAUCAAAGUGAAUCGAUCCCGUGGCUUGGUUCGGUUGUCCAGCUUCUCCAAAACAGUCUCUGCGGUGAUUCUGGCCUUCUUUUUAUGCUGGGCACCUUUUCAUACUUUUAGCCUGAUGGAGUUAUCCAUACAUUCCUCAUUGUACCUACAUGACAUACUGAAAGCGGGUUUUCCUCUUGCCACAAGCUUGGGCUUCUUUAACAGCUGCAUUAACCCCCUGCUGUAUAUGCUCCUAGGCAAAAAGGUGCGUCACAUCCUGAAGAGUGCAUGCUUUAACUUAACUAAAAGUUCACUGAGAGAGCUCAGCCAGUCGAUCUCUGCCACUGACAUAGAGUCUGUGCCAGGAGUUCACCAGGACAGUGUCCCAGAGGAGCCCGGGGAGUCAUCAGCUCUAUGAUUACAACCGUUCUCUGACUGUAGUAGUAGUCCGUGAAAAGUAUGAGGCUAAGACUGGCUAUUACUUAAGCUUAAAUGUGGGGGAUUAUCAUAGCUGUUCUUUCCAGCUCUAGUGUUAAGAUUUUCCUAUUUUGUUUCAUUUGGACAGAGUAAUGUGUAAUUACUCUCAAUGGAAAAGCUGAGACGCACACUGUAUAACGUGCAUAUGAAGUUAUCUUUCACCGUCCUGUUUAUUUUUUCAUUUGCAUGACUCAAGUGAUUUAUAGCGUGAAUAGGCGAGUUAAAACAUUAAAGUUGAAACUGCUGAUCAGUGGAUCAACAGAUAAUUAAAACUAUUUUGAUAAUCAAUGAAUUGUUUAAAUCAUAUCGCUCUCAAAUUAUCCCAAAAAGACAUUGACAAGUUAAUCAAUAAUCAUCAGUUGUUUACAUGAAAUGCAUUUUAUGUAUUUACCAAAAUGUUUUUAUUGUUGUACUCCUGGAUAAUGGCAUCUUUGGUUCUUAAAAAUGAUACGUUGCAUUUAUACUCUAAAAGUAUUAUUACAGUAUUAUACUGGCCUUUUAGCCUAUGUAAGAUUUUUAAACUAGUUGAGAAUUGUAUAAAUGUUUUAUUCUAAUAUAUUCCAAGUUAAAGGCAUAUAUGAUAAUAAAUGUCUUCUUCUAAACACCUA